AUGGAGCUGCACCCGGACAUUUUACAAAACAAUAACUUCUAUUCUCUCUUCAUAGGUAAAGUUUUGGUGAACAGCGAGAUGGGGAUGAGUAGAUCUGCCAUUCUGGUCGCAGCUUACUUGAUGAUUUUUCACCACAUGACCAUCCUUGAAGCCCUAAUGACCUUACGCAAGAAAAGAGCCAUCUACCCUAAUGAUAGUUUUAUUAUGCAGCUUCGAGAACUUAAUGAAAAAUUGCUGGAAGAGCGUGAAUAUUCUGAUGGAGGAGAUGACAAUGAUAACAAUAGCCAAGGCUCGGUCAUAGAAGCCAAGGCACAUUCUAUUGUGGUGGAAGAAGAAGGCGAUAGGGAGAGCAUCAUGGGAGCAAAAGUCCACUCGAUCACUGUUGAGCAAGAGGAUACAACUAGCAUCAUGGGAAGCGCCAUGAGCCUGGGGGCAAAAUCAAGUGUAGUGUCUAAGCAGCCAACCCUUAUCGAUGAAGAUGAGGAGGAGAAAAUCUAUGAAGAAUGGAGACGAAAACAAGGACUUCCACCAAGGGAGAUACCAAAGAAGGAAAAUGAGCAAAGCAUAAAACUUCCAGAAGAAGAAGUGAGUGACGACCAGCUAAGACAGAUGAUUUAUAACUGGCAGAAGGAAAAUGCUAAAUAUCAUUCCCUUGAUCCUGGAGAUGAUGGAAAUUCUAUGAUGAGGGAGAAAUGUUAUUCACCAAGUGAAAUUAGUGAUGUGGAAAGUGUAAGCUCCCAGGAAAUUCGGAUGUUAAAGGAACAAUUUGAAGUGAGCCGAAGGAACCUUAUGACCAGACAACGUACGGACUCUGUAUCGACUGACAGUACUUGGGAUAUGUGGAACCAGAGGCUUAUGGAAAUUGAGAAGGAGGCCAUAACAAAGAGCGACAAGAAAGAAAAAAAGAGGGAAAAGGAUAUCGAUGAAGAAAGUCUUUGCUCUGAAGCAAGUUCUUUAUUUAACUUUUGCAAAAAUAACAAACAUAAGCUGACUGCUCUGGAAAGGUGGAAAGUUAAGAGAAUUCAAUUUGGGUUUCACAAAAAAGACUCUGAAGCAUCAGACACCCAAAACAAGGAGGACAAUGGUGAGAAGAAAGAUGAGGAUCAAACGAGUCAAUCGGAUGUAGACAUAUCAGCCUACCAAGCCUGGAAGAUGAAGCACCAGAAAAAAGUAGGCAAUGAAAAUAAGGAGGAAAUUGUGGAACUGACUAAAGGAGAGGACACUGCAAGUAUCAAACGCAAACAAAGGAGGGCUGAGAUUCUGGAACGUUCUAAGCAGACCUUGGAGGAAAGCCAAUCUAUAUGUGGGUGGGAUAAUGAAAGCUCAAUAAGUGGUAGCAUCCCGUUAUCUGCUCUAUUUCAGAUUGCACCUUCAAGUAGCGGUGGUAAUGAUGCAGCUUCAGUGUUGAGUAUGCAGAGCAACAGAUCCCAUCAGUCCCAGGCCAGAAGUGCUGUUACCCAAGCACAAGUCCUCCCACCAAACUUACCACCUGGGGCGGAUGCUAUUUCCAUAGCAGGUAUUCAGAACUGGAUAGCUAAUGUGGUGAAUGAAACCAUUGCUCAAAAACAGAAUGAGAUCAUGAUGAUGUCCCGUGCAUCUUCAUCAAUGAGCAUGGCUUCUGGAGAUCUUGGAAAAAGAGCAGAUGAUGAAAGAUCCUCCAUACUCGGUGCAGCAGGAGGGUCAUGCCUCUCAGGUUCUGGAUUUCAGCAUCGUGACUUUAAAAGCUCAGACUCUGUAUUGUCUAAUACGUCAGUGAACUCAGCUACAAAUAUACCAAGUGCUAAGAGAAAAAUUAACCAAACAAGUGUCCCACUCUUUGGACUUUUUAUGGAUGACGUGGAUCUAAAAAAGCUCAACCAGAAAGAAAAUGAAAUGAGAGAAGAGUUGACUGAAAAAUUGAGCCAAUAUCGGAAAGAAAAAGUUGUCACUGAUAACAAGCGGAGCUACAUGUACAGGAAGAAAAAGGCGAAAGGUACAGAAGAGGAUGAAGAGGAAGAGAAAGAAAGUGUUCUAAGUUCGAAAUUCCAAAGUUCUAGGUUGUCCUCAAACCAAGAAUGGAAAAAAUCUGAAAAAACAUCCUACCUAAGUAAUCUUGGCAAUUUUUCAAGCACCAAACCUACAAGUUCAGAUGUGGAAACAAAUGUAGGCAAAUGGCUCAGUGGUGUGAACACAGAAAGGGCCUCGGAAUUUCAUAAUGAAAAAUCUUAUGAAAGGUCAAGACAAUCAGAACAUGAGCGAUAUGUGAGCCCUCAAGUCAACGGAUACACCAAAAAAUCAUCAGAAUGGGACAAAGAGGGCUCUUCAUCAUAUCAGAGCUACAGAGACACAACCAGGGCCACAUCAAGAUUUUCAACGUCUUCUGAAGAAGAGUACGAUCGUGUCCGGCACACCAACGUCUACAAAUCCCAAAGCCCUGAACCCAACCUCAGUGACCACUCAAAAGAAGAAAAUGGGUUAGCAGAUCUACCGACCGCUAUACAACCUAGAAGAAGUUACCUAGAUCAUGAAGAUUCCGAUAUCUCAGACACAGUCGAUUCAGUCUCCAAAAGAAAGUUUACUGGGAGAUUUAAGAACGUUGAAGAUGAGAAGAGCGACCCCUUAGAAAGUAACAGCUCUGGAAGCCGAUGGGCUCGGAAUAGAAAGACCAAAGAAGAAACUGAAGAAAUGGAUGAUGAUGAUAUCAUUGCGGCAUGGAGAAGCCGGCAGGAAGAGAUGAAAACAAGACUCAGAAGACAUAAAGAGGAGGACUAAAACACCAAACUGGACUCUAAAUUAUCUUGAGUUUUGUUCUAGUUUUGAAAGGCAACGUCUGCCAUAGAUGAAGCGGACUCUUCUAUUUUAGCUGCCCAAUUCUCCUCUCUUUUAUGCUCCAUUUGUAGCCUCGGUUUUGAUGCUCCUUGGACUUUUUGUAUUGCAAUUGGUAGGCAAAAAUAUAUCCUUCCCAGCUUUUGGCACCAUUUUAUGUGUCUUUAAAAAAAAAAUAUUUCUGCUUUAUGCAUAGAAAGAAUAUGUUGCAUAUAAUUAGUUCCUCAACAUGUUCAAGAUCUCUGCUUGCUGUCCGAGUUAAGAUAACAUUCUUGUUUAAAGUCAGAAAAUCUGUACGUAAUCAGCCCUGCUCUAAGCCUAGAAGUGAAUAGCAUUGUAUACGGUCUAGACCAGGGAUGCCCAACUUGCGGCCCUCCAGCUGUUGCAAAACUACAACUCCCAGCAUGCCCAGACAGCCUACAGCAGGGCAUGGUGAGAGCUGUAGUUUUACAACAGGUGGAGGGCCGCAGGGUGGGCAUCCCUAGUCUAGGAAACGCUCUUUGAGCUAAACCCAUCAGCAGCAGCUGCACAAAUCUACUGGUUUGUAACAAUGUAUCAGUCUGGAGUCCAGGAUGUUGAGCUCACAGAGCAUUGUCCAGACUGGAGACAACUGUAAGCCCUUCUCAUCUGAGAGCAGGACUAGCUAUGGACAGAAUUACUUCCUCCGAAUGUAGACAAUUGUGUACCCAUUCACUGAAAGCAAGCAGAGAGCUUGGAAAUUGCGAGGAGAUAAAACAUAAAUGGGGUCAUUUAUUAAGACUACGGUUUUAGAUGGUUGCCCUGGCGCAUGAUGUGCCUAAGUUAUGUAGAGACGCCAGCCCCACUUUUUUAGACCUGGCGUUAGCGGGGAAAAGCAACAGAUCCGUCCGCAAAUCCCCUUUCCGACCGAAUCUGUGACAGAUAUACGCCAAAAAUGGGCGUAUAGCUAAUAAAAAAUGACCCCCAAAAUAUAUAAGAAAGUUGUAGAACUCUUCAUUAGACAAUAAUUAAGCUUGGCUUGCGUAAACCAGAAACCCCUUCUAAAGUGACCUUAGAAUAGUCUGAGCCACACUAGAAAAUAAUAGAGAAUCAUCCGAAUUCAUUAAGAUUCAGCUUUUCCACCCAUAAUUCACAGCCAUUAGUCCCCACUCUGUAGCCGCACGGUGACAUGUCCUUGUAAAAUAAUUACCGAGUCCUCAGCAAGGUUCCUGAUUUUCCUCAUUAAUAAAUUCUCUGGAAUGAUUUCUGGUUUGAAAGAGAGAAAGAGAUUUUCUGCAAUAAUUCCUACUCUGCGGCCAGUUCUGAUUCCAGGGAUGUCGCCUCUGCCGCGUGCAUCAUCCAUAGCAGAGCGGCACACAGAGGACAGGAGGCCCCAAAGACGGAAAUUAGGCUGCUUUCAGGAGCUGCUUGACUCCAGCACCUGUGGAAGGAAGACCUUGGGACUUCAUCGUGGUCAUUGACUCUUCAACAAAGUAUUGAUCAAAUCGGGAUGGUGGUAGAAGAAGCGACUAUUAUCUCUAUCCCACUAAUUUUCUGAAUUUUUUGUAUUUUGGAAAUAGCAUUCCCCUCUGCCCCACUAAUAAAACUUUCUUGUGCUCAUGAAUGUCCCUCUCCUCUUUACAUGGUAAGGGAAGCGGGGGCCAUUUUGAAGUCAUGGGUGGACGUAGAAGAAAAAAGGUCUCAGAGCAAACCAUGCCCCCGCCAUUAUGGUGUUGGGUUGACCCUUGAGCCAAAUUCCCCCAUGUUUGAUAGCAAAAUCUUCUCUGGAUGAAAACGGGGGGCCUUACCAUUACACCUAGAGGCUCUUCUCUCUCUGCAGCUGCUGUGCCCUGUGCAUUGUGAUUGACAGGGGCAGGUGUGAUCACUUUUACAAUGCC